AUGACAAAAAAAUGGGGUACGAAAGAGAUUGAAAAUAAACAAAAGGAUAUAAAUGAGCAACUCCCUGAUGUCAUGGAUAACAAUGGUCUAAAUGUUAUUUUAGAUAAACUUGUCGACAUGUAUGAACGUGAAUAUGAAGCGGUAAUACUUUCUGAGGUAGUAAUAUCUGGCAAUAAUUCUCCGUGGGAAGAUGAAAAGGAAGGCUUACCGAGUUUAUUAAAGACUUCAAAAAAAUUGGAAUUGCGUGAUAAAGAUAUUUUAGAAGAUUCGGGUAAUAUCCUAUUAAUUUAUCAUAGCUGGCAACAACAACUUGCACCUCAAAUGGAUUUUGAUUAUUUUAUUGAAAAAAUUGAAAAGAAUUAUGUUGAGACAAAAAGAGGUGAAAAUUUUGCUAAUAAUGAUGAUAAUGGUGACAAUAACGACAAAAAUAAAGUUGAAAGAAAUAACGAUACUGGUAAUAAUAUAAACAUAGAAAAUUACAUAGAUGAUGAUGAUGGAGGUAUGGAUAAAAAAGAUGUUGAGAAUAAUAAUGGUAAAAAUAAAAAUAAAAUUAAAUAUCGAUAUACGAAUAAAAAUAAAGAAGAUAAUGGAGAUAAUAACGACAAAAAUAAAGUUGAAAGAAAUAACGAUAUUGGUAAUAAUAUGAACACAGAAAUUUACAUAGAUGAUGAUGGUAAAAGCAGCGAUGAGAAGAAUAAUAGUAAAGAAAGGAAUAAUUAUGAAGAAAUUGAUGAAGAGAUCGAUGAAGGCAUCGAUGAAGAAUAUAGAGAUAGUUUAUGGGAUAAUGCUUUUAUAUUGGCGAUAGUUGUUGCUAUUGAUGCUAAACCAAAUUCACAACCGAUAGGACAAAGUAUUAAAAAUUGGUAG